AUGGAAAGAGCUGGGACACUGCCUCUGAAUUUGUAUAAAACACAGACAUUGUUUAAUCCAUUAGAUUUGCAGUUUGUACUUCCUCGUGCGCAAAGCUCAGUGCCAGGGGAAAGUGCAGAACGUCCAGAAGACUCGCCUACGAUAAAACUUUUUCCAGAUGACCAAGUUGUUGAUGAAAAUGGGCAAGUGAGUGUGCGAUGCGAAGCUGAAGGCUACCCUCCUCCUAAGAUCACUUGGGUAAAACUCCUUGGAAAUCUAAAGGUCCAAGAAGGAAAUUCUCUGUAUAUUAGAGAUGUUCAGCGGUCUGACCAGGGUCGGUACAGAUGCAUAGCAACUAAUGGCUUUGGACAGGAUGCCACUGCGGAGUUUAAAAUAAAUGUGUAUUAUAAACCUGUGAUCAAUAAAACAGCAUCAAGCCAAAAAGUUCAUGCAUGGCCAGGGGCUACUACAAACUUGUCAUGUGUUGCUGAUGGUAAUCCAGCACCACGAUACAUCUGGACUAACUCGUCUGGUACUGUGGCCACCUCAGAGGAGAAUGGGAUACUAAGGGUGACUCCUCAGGGCCAUGAUGGCUUUGGACCGUACACGUGUACAGUGGAAAAUAACAAAGGAAAAGACUCGCUUGAUAUUCAGUUAGUCAAAGUUGAUAAACCAAAUGUCAAGCUUAAGUUUGAAAGGGGUUCCCCAUUUACUCUUACCUUCAACUUAAUAGCAGAUGACAGAAGCAACUCUUUGCAGUAUUAUACACUGCAAUACCGCACAGAUGAAAGCAAUGUUCCCGGACCUCCCAACAAUGUUACGGUGGAUGCUGUUAAUAGUACUGCAAUUCAUGUACUGUGGAUGCCUCCCUUGAAGCCUAAUGGACCAUUGGAAGCAUACACAGUCUUGUUUCAUGAAACUGAGAACUUUGUCUCGGGCAGUGUUCGCAAACUAUCAGUCAUGUCCAAUGUUACAGAAGCUUUUAUUGGUGGUCUGGACCCCUAUACCAACUACAUUGUGAAAGUUAAAGUUGAAAACAGAGUAGCUGCUACGGAGAGCUCUGCAGUGAUAAUACGAACAAGGCAAUCAGCUCCUAGUAAACCACGCGAGCUUGGUGCAAACACCACUGGACCUCAUAGAGUACGUCUAAGAUGGAAAAAACCAAAGAGAGCAAAUGGCAUUAUAGUUUUGUUUAAAGUAAGAAUGUUCUGGAGAUUUAAGAAUAUGAAGGGAGGUUACAAAUAUGACAGUUACCUAAUUCCUGCAAAGGUAACAACCAGAGCUGGAAAAAGGCGAUUUACCCGCGACGUGUUAAAUUAUACAGUACAGAGUUUGGAGCCUGUCAGAGACAUUGAACUAAAAAGAGUGCAGCCUUUUGCUAUCAUAUCAAUUCGAGUUUCAGAGGCAACAAGAAAUGCAGACAAGGAACUUUUGUGGAGUCCAUUUUCUAACAACCAAACUAUUCAGACUAUGGAAGGAGCUCCAAGUGCACCUCGCAAUGUUAAAAUCCAAGAGGAAUCAGCUACGUCUUUGCUUGUGACUUGGAAACCACCAGAGUACCCAAAUGGAAUUAUUCAACGAUACAAGAUACUCUACUCAAACAAUUCUGGAAAGAACUACAGCACCACAGACAUUACAAAAGGCUUGAAAAAUGAAACAUUAUUUUAUUUGUUAUCUGGUCUCAAAGAGGAUACAGAGUACAAGAUUUAUCUUCCUACGCAGACGCUCUUUAGGCUUGUCAUACAAUUAUUGUCCUUCCCAUGGACAUCUGCUAAAACACAGGGCUAUUUUCAUAAUCCAAUCACCAUGCACUUCCUAAUCAAGGCAGUAAACCUUGGACUGGAAGAAAUUCUGUAA